AUGACGCACGGAUCACAGCCGCUGAAAAAAGUCACCACCACAGUCCCGCAUCUGAAGCUCCCGGGCCAGGUCAACCUCGAGAACACUCCACGUCUGGUCGCUAAUCCAAUAACCUUACCGACCGAUACCCCCUCACGAACCUCUCGACGACCACUAGCCAAAAUGUCUGCGGCACAACUGCUCAACCCCAAGGCCGAAUCGAGGCGGCGGGGUGAAGCCCUGAAGGUCAACAUCAGUGCUGGUGAAGGCCUCCAGGAUGUCCUCAAGUCCAACCUCGGCCCUUUGGGCACCAUCAAGAUGCUUGUUGACGGCUCUGGUCAAAUCAAGCUGACAAAAGACGGAAACGUCCUCCUGCGCGAGAUGCAAAUACAAAACCCUACCGCCGUCAUGAUUGCCCGAGCUGCGACUGCACAAGACGACAUUUGUGGAGACGGCACAACAUCUGCAGUUCUGUUGAUUGGAGAGCUUCUCAAGCAGGCAGACCGAUACAUUUCGGAAGGCCUGCACCCUAGAAUCAUCACGGAUGGUUUCGAGAUUGCCAAGAACGAGUCGCUGAAGUUCCUCGACAACUUCAAGCUUGCCAAGGAGGUUGAUCGCGAGCUUCUUCUCUCCGUCGCCCGCACGUCGCUGUCCACGAAGCUCAACUCCAGCCUCGCGAGCAAGCUCACCCCCGAUAUCGUCGAUGCCGUACUUGCCAUUUACGAGGCCCCGGCCAAGCCCGACUUGCACAUGGUUGAGAUCAUGAAGAUGCAGCACCGCACCGCCUCCGACACGCAGCUGAUCAAGGGCCUCGCCCUCGACCAUGGCGCCCGCCACCCCGAUAUGCCCAAGCGUGUUGAGAACGCCUACAUCCUGACGAUGAACGUGAGCUUGGAGUACGAGAAGUCUGAGAUCAACUCUGGCUUCUUCUACUCCAGCGCGGAGCAGAGAGACAAGCUCGUGGAGAGCGAGCGCAGAUUUGUCGACGCCAAGCUCAAGAAGAUCGUUGAGCUGAAGAAGGAAGUUUGCGGAAACGACCCUAACAAGAACUUUGUCAUCGUCAACCAGAAGGGUAUCGACCCCCUGUCCCUCGACGUCCUGGCGAAGAACGGCAUUCUCGCCCUGCGUCGUGCCAAGAGAAGAAACAUGGAGAGACUGCAGCUCAUUUGCGGUGGUGUUGCACAGAACAGCGUUGACGACCUGAGCCCGGAGUCCUUGGGAUGGGCUGGCUUGGUCUACGAGCAGACUCUGGGCGAGGAGAAGUAUACCUUCAUCGAGGAGGUCAAGGACCCCAAGUCUGUCACCCUUUUGAUCAAGGGUCCCAACGCACACACCAUCACUCAGGUCACCGAUGCCGUCCGCGACGGUUUGCGCAGUGUCUACAACAUGAUUGUCGAUGGAAGUGUCGUUCCUGGUGCCGGCUCCUUCCAGGUUGCCUGUGCGGCACACCUCAAGAGCGAUGCUUUUGCCAAGACGGUGAAGGGCAAGGCCAAGUGGGGUGUUGAGGCAUUUGCCGACGCUCUGUUGAUCAUCCCGAAGACUUUGGCUGCCAAUGCUGGUCUUGACAUCCAGGAUGCUCUUGCUGCUUUGCAGGAUGAGCACGCGGAUGGUAAUGUUGUUGGUCUGGAUCUGGCAACGGGUGAGCCGAUGGACCCUGAACUCGAGGGUAUUUUCGACUCGUUCAGAGUACUCAGAAACUGCAUCGCCUCCAGCUCAAGCAUUGCAUCCAACCUGCUUCUCUGCGAUGAGCUUCUGAAGGCGAGACAGAUGGGCAGAGCAGGAGGCCCAGGCCCCGGUAUGGAUGGUCCUGAGGAGUAAUGAGUUGAUGGAUUCCCAUGUAAAAAGGUAUUGGCACGGUAGACAAAAGGUGUUGCUCUUAGACCUGUCAAAGCUGCUGAGCAAUGGAAUGAUAUCC